UUGAGAUCAGUAAACAGGCGAGAGUUGAGGGGGGAAAGUUCCAGGGGUGGAUCCUGCGCACACGCACACACACCGCACACGCGCGCACAGACACACACGCACACUCUGCCCGCAAGCUGCCCUCGGAAAAGGCUCUUUUCUUUUCGCUCCGAUCCCUUUUUCAAAUUUAUCCGAAAAGUUUCGAUUUCGCGUCCUUCCAGCCUCUUCCCCCCCCCUUCCCCGGCCACCACCUACCCUCCCUCCCGCCCUCCUCCCUCCCUCCCCCGGCCGGUCCCCGCCGCCCUGCCCCGCACGCUUUGGGGCAUGCCUGUGAGCAUGUUCAGCAUCGACAAUAUCCUGGCGGCCAGACCUCGCUGCAAGGACUCGGUGCUGCUGCCCCCGAGCGCCGCGCCCGUCGUUUUCCCCAGCCUCCACGGGGACUCGCUCUACGGCAGCGCCUCCGACUACGGCGGAUUUUACUCCCGGGGGGUGGCUCCCGCCUCCGCGCUGCCGCCGGCCGUCACUGGAUCCCGGCUCGGCUACAACAACUACUACUACGGGCAGCUGCAUGUGCCCGCGUCCCCCGUGGGCCCUUCGUGCUGCGGGGCCGUGCCGCCGCUGGGCGCUCAGCAGUGUUCCUGCGUGCCCCCCGCAGGUUACGAGGGCACUGGGUCAGUCCUGAUGUCCCCUGUUCCCCAUCAGAUGUUGCCCUACAUGAACGUGGGCACUUUGUCCCGGACGGAGCUGCAGUUACUGAAUCAGCUGCACUGCAGGCGAAAAAGGCGGCACCGGACUAUCUUCACUGACGAGCAGCUGGAAGCGCUGGAAAACCUCUUCCAGGAAACGAAAUACCCAGAUGUGGGCACGAGGGAACAGCUGGCCAGAAGGGUGCACUUAAGAGAGGAAAAAGUGGAGGUUUGGUUCAAAAACCGCCGGGCGAAGUGGAGGAGGCAAAAGCGAUCGUCUUCGGAGGAAUCAGAAAACGCACAAAAGUGGAAUAAAGCGUCUAAAACGUCACCGGAGAAGAGACAAGAGGACGGGAAAAGUGACUUGGACUCUGACAGCUGAUACUUCUAAGUGGGGGGGACAUUUCCCGUGGACUGUCGGACACGCUCCAGAGGAUGCUACUAAUCUUGCACAAGAUCUGCCUUGUUGGAGGGGGAAAAUAUCUGUAUAUAAUGUACAAUGCCCCGAGCUAAUUCCGUGUAAAUAAAAUGUGUUGCGGACGUGUUGCACAGGUAGACGGCGGCGCGUUUGUUCAAUCUGCGCCGCGGGGAGAGGGAGAGAGCGGGACAAGGGAGCGGGGAGCGGCGGUGUGCGGA